GUAACAACAGAAGUGGAAAGCCUCUUACCACAGUUUGUUGUAUGUUUCGUAUCCACGAGAAUCUUUUUAGAAUGCUACUCUUGAAUAUAUUGAUCAGAUUAGGAUGAGUCACUGGGCUGGCCGAUAGCUGUUGGAAUGAUUCUCUGUGUGUGACUUUGUUGUGUUAUUACAAAUUGUGGAAGGAUAGACUUGCCCAGCCAUCGGUUGCAGAGGUUCGUUUGUAAUGCUGCCUUAAGGAGAUGAGGAGAUGAGUGCAAAUUGUUCCAGAAGCUCAGCUUGCUCUGCCAAUGGAUCAGAAGAGGAGUUGCAAGUGGAGCUGGAGGCAUUUGGGAACCUGGAACUUGUCUUCUCAGUGGUAUCAGCCGUGAUGAUGGGCCUGAUCAUGUUCUCUUUGGGAUGCUCCGUGGACAUCCGGAAGCUAUGGUUGCACAUCAGGAGACCCUGGGGCAUCGCUGUGGGACUGAUCUGCCAGUUUGGGCUUAUGCCUUUGAUAGCCUAUCUCCUGACCAUCAGUUUCUCUCUGAAACCAGUCCAAGCUAUUGCUGUUCUCAUCAUGGGGUGCUGCCCAGGGGGAACCAUCUCUAACAUUUUUACCUUCUGGGUUGAUGGAGAUAUGGAUCUCAGCAUCAGUAUGACGACCUGUUCCACACUGGCUGCCCUGGGAAUGAUGCCACUCUGCCUUUAUCUCUAUACCUGGUCCUGGAAUCUGGAGCAGAGUCUCACCGUUCCAUAUCAGAACAUAGGAAUCACCCUUGUGUGCCUGACCGUCCCCGUGGCCUUUGGGGUCUAUGUGAAUUACAGGUGGUCAAAGCAAUCCAAAGUCAUUCUCAAGAUCGGGGCCGUCAUUGGUGGGGCCCUCCUCUUGGUGGUCGCAGUCGCUGGAGUGGUUCUGGCUAAAGGAUCUUGGAAGUCAGACAUCUCCCUUCUCACCAUCAGUUUCAUCUUUCCUUUGAUCGGCCACGUCACAGGCUUUCUGCUGGCACUGCUUACCCACCAGUCUUGGCAGAGAUGCAGGACUAUUUCCUUGGAAACUGGAGCACAGAAUAUUCAGAUGUGUGUCACCAUGCUCCAGUUAUCUUUCACUGCCAAGCAAUUGGUCCAAAUGUUUAGCUUCCCAUUGGCCUAUGGGCUCUUCCAACUGUUGGAUGGAUUUGUCAUUAUUGCAGCAUAUCAGAUAUACAAGAGGAGACUGAGGAACAAACACAGACAAGAGAACCCUGGUUGUGCAAAAGCCUGUCAGAAGAUGCAAAUCACAUCUCCUCAAGAGACCAGUAUUUUCUUAGAGAUGAAUGAAGAAGCCACUGAAACUCCAGGGCCAUCUGGGGUGUUGGCUCUCCACAGGCUCUCAAGCCAACAGGAAUCUCUUCACGUGACCAGAAGGGACUAGCUGGCCUGACAGUUCCCUUCCUCUUCAGAGGCUGGUAGAGACAGUGUGGAGCUGAUGCAUGGAUUCUGUCAGUUGGGCCUGUGUGACUAUUUAAUGGUCUGGUGGUAGAAUAUUUAUAUAUUUGCAUGCAUUGUGAAUUGUGAUAAGGUCCCUUUUUGAGAAUGUAUUCCACUGCUGUCCAGUGAAUUCUUUUUGAGGGUUUACCCAACCUAUUUCCUAACUGCUGUAUGUGUUCUUGCCUUCCCACACUGUAAAGAGUGCCCCUCAGUGGGUAAUCCCCUUCGUCAGGUAAAGUCAUCCUCACUUGGUAGAUUUGAAUCUAACAGGAGUUUAGAAAUCUGUGCAGAGAUGUUACCUCAUACCGCAGAGUCUGGACCGCUGUGGUUUCUUGACUUUGAACAGGUACUUUGGAGCACGGGGGAGGGAACACACAACUCCUAUCACAUGUGGGACCCUCUCCUAAAUGAUUGUUGUAUUUUAAAGGCUUUAUCUUUUUUUUAUUACAGAUGUAAUAAAGGUUUAGAGAGAAUUUAAAGAACACAGUAAUGUUAAAAAGUGAAAGUCCCAUAUUUUCACUUCCUAGAGAUACACACACACAUAUCCUUCUGAUAUAUAUAUACACAUGUGCAUCAUUUUACAAAGAUGGAGUUCAUUCCACAUAUACUAUUUUGUUAGUCACUCAAUGGCAUAUUAUGGAACAUCUUUCCAUGUCAGUGUGUAUUAACCUACCUCAUUCUUUAGAACAGUGGCUACAUUGCAUGGGAAGACUGUCAUUAUUUUAACCAAUCCUUAUUCAUGGACAUUUAGAAUAACUUUCCCUUUACUGGUGUUACAAUGCUGCUACAAGCACUCUUGCACUUGAAAACGUUAUUUCUAUAAGGAUCACUCCUAAGAGUUGCAUUGCCGGGCCAACUACACAUUAAAACGUUGGAGAGAUCGCUCUCCAUUGUCACAAGAGGACCUAGUUUCCCGGUCACACCAAUCUGAAGAAUUAUGCAUCUCUUAUAAUGUUUGCAAUUCAUUUGAAAUCAUAUUUUAAAAAUUACGAGGUUGAGCAUUUUUCAAAAAUACUUGCCUGUUCAUGUUGCACCCACUUUUCUAUAUUGCGUUUUUUCCUUUUUGAAUUACAGAUGUGAAUACAUUAUGGAGAGUGCCCUUUGUCCUAUAGGGUCAACUAUAGAGUCAGCAUUUUCCCUACUCUUUCAUCUUUUGUUUUUCUUUAUUUUUUUUUCCUAUACAGAAGUUUUGCGUUUUUUUACAUAUUCUGCUUUGUCUUUUAAAUCAGUAUUUUGACCUCGUUAUGUGUCAAAUGUUAGAAUAUUCAUGUUUUUCUGUGGAUUGUGAGUUGUGAUAAGAUUCCUUUUUGAGAAUGUAUUUGGCUCCUUUACAGGGAGUAAUUUUUAUACAACAUAAUUAUUAGUCGCUAUUUGUAUUUCUUAUCUUCCCAUUAAGUAAAUAGUGCCCAGCAGGAGGUAAAACCCAUCCUUCUCCAUUCUGACAUUAUUAAAAAUAUUUUC